AUGGAGAACAAUCGCGCGCUAUCCAUCCUCAACAAGGCCGCCGCCGCCAAGUAUGGCAUCCCCGCCGUAUGCGCCUACAACACCGAAGGCAUUCUAGCCACCAUCCGCGCGGCCGAGGCCAAGCGGUCCCCCGUCAUGAUCCUGCUCUUCCCAUGGGCGAUACAGUACGCGGGGGGACUGCUGGUGCACCUAGCAGCCGAAGCGUGCCGCAACGCCACAGUGCCGGCAACGGUGCACCUGGACCACGCGCAGACGCCGGAAAUCGUGCGGCGCGCAGCCGACAUUGGCGGCUUCGACAGCAUCAUGGUCGACAUGAGCCACUACGAAAAAGACGAGAACCUGCGCCUGACGCGCGAGCUGGUCGCCUACUGCCGCGCGCGCGGCAUCGCGACAGAGGCCGAGCCCGGGCGCAUCGAGGGCGGCGAGGACGGCGUCAGCGACACUGCUGACCUCGAGGGUCUGCUGACGACGCCCGAGGAAGCUGAGGAGUUCGUCCAGACCGGUAUCGACUGGCUAGCCCCCGCGUUCGGUAAUGUCCACGGCAACUACGGCCCGCGUGGCAUCCAGCUCGAGUACGACCGUCUCGACGCCAUCAACCGCCGCGUUGGCCAUCGCGUGCGCCUCGUCCUGCAUGGCGCGGAUCCCUUCGAUCGCGACAUCUUUCAAAAGUGCAUCGGCCACGGCGUCGCCAAGUGCAACGUCAACAAAGUCUUGAACAACCCGCUGGUCCAGACGUGGGCCGCAAAGGCGGGCAAAGCGCCUUUGACGAGCGUCAUCGAGGAGGGCACCGCGGCCAUGCAAAAGUCCGUCGAGGAGUGCAUUGACAUGCUGGGAAGUGCGGGAAAGGCGUAA